UUGCUGUAACUUUUUUUUUUUUUUCUUGAAUAUGAAUAAAUCAAAAGGAAAUGGAGCUGGUGGACCUUACAUGCGUUUGUCCCGAUCCAUCGAAAACAAAAUAUUAAACUGUCUUGAUCUUUACAAAUCCGAAGGGCAUAAAGACAUGUCUGUCUAUGCGAUCCAGGAAUAUUCACUUAAAGUCGAUUCGUCUUUGCGUCGUAUGAAGAGACGUCAGUUGGAAAUGGUGAUUGAAAAAGUACUUUCUGAUCUGCAAGCCAUUCCAGCUCAAGAUCCUGCAAACAUCGAAUCAGAGGAUGAAGAGGCUGCAGCAGAGUAUGCUAUGGUGAGUGAGACACCACAAUCCUGGUUGAAAGAAUAUCUACCGCCUGGAUCAUUAUUUAACACUAACAUUUCUAAUAAUAAAAAGCCAGCACAAGAGGAUAAUGCAAUGAAUAAAUCUGUCACCAGUUUGUGGAACAUGCAUAAAAGUCCUGCUGUAAGUGGCACAGCAUCACCCGCUGGAUCAGCUACUCCUUUAGAUGUCGCCACACCUGUCGAGGAAGAUGUACCUUUUAUCCCAGUUACACCUGCACCCGAAGCAACAACUCCCGUCGCAGAAGCUACCAAAUCAAAAAAGAGAUCAAAAAAUGUUAAAGAGGCUUCUUCAGCAAAGCGCCCUAAAACUACAUCUGAAAGCAGAGAGGCACCUUUCAUCCCUACAGCUAGAUUAUCUGACUUGGGUGGUAUCGACCAUUGUAUCGAGGAAAUUAUGGAGUUGAUUGCUAUGCCUUUAGCUCACCCCGAAGUCUAUCUUCAUACAGGUGUCCAACCUCCUCGCGGUGUUUUAUUACAUGGUCCUCCUGGCUGUGGUAAAACCCGUUUGGCACAUGCUAUUGCUGGUGAAUUGGGCGUCCCCUUUUACAAUAUCUCCGCCCCUUCUAUCGUAUCCGGUAUGUCCGGUGAAUCUGAAAAAAAGAUUCGUGAAGUCUUUGAAGAAGCUAGAGAUAAUGCACCUUGUUUAUUAUUCAUUGAUGAAAUCGAUGCUAUUACGCCUAAAAGAGAAACUGCUCAAAGAGAGAUGGAACGUAGAAUUGUUGCCCAAUUAUUGACUUGCAUGGAUGACUUAUCAUGGGACAAGUCUGAUAAUAAGCCUGUUAUGAUCAUUGGUGCCACUAACAGACCUGAUUCACUGGAUGCUGCACUUAGACGUGCUGGUAGAUUUGAUCGAGAAAUUAGUAUGGGUGUGCCAGAUGAAAAGGCUAGAGAAAAAAUUCUCACAGUGUUGGCAUCUAAGCUUCGUCUCUCUGGUGAUUUCGAUUUCGCUGAAUUAGCAAAGGCUACGCCUGGUUAUGUAGGUGCGGAUCUUCAAGCCUUGAUCACAACAGCCGGUGUAAUUGCUGUCAAGCGAAUUUUUAAACAUUUACAAGAAAUUGCAGCCGCCACACAAGCUGCUGAAAAAAACCUUAUCACUGAAGUGAAAGAAAUUGAGAUCAACGAGUCUAUGGACGUUGACGACGAAGAAGAUACCACUACAAAGACUGAGACAGAGAUCGUGACAGAGACAGUAUCAGAGACAGUAAUCACUGAAGGGGAUGAGAUGGAAACUACACCUGUCGAAUCUACUGUGGAAGCUGUGGAAGAGGUACAACCUAUUCAAACCACCACUGUUGAAGAAUUUGAAGCACAAACCCCACUCGAACAAAUCCGAAAUAUCUCCGAAUUUAUCAAAUCACACAAGGCACCUUUAUCAGAAGCACAAUUACAAUCACUUGCGAUUACACAGGAAGAUUUUGUACAUUCUUUAAAGAAGGUUCAACCCUCAUCAAAGCGUGAAGGUUUUGCUACUGUGCCUGAUGUGUCUUGGGAUGAUAUUGGUGCACUUCAAUAUGUGCGUGAUGAAUUACGUAUGGCUGUUGUCGAGCCUAUCAAUCACCCCGAGUUCUUUGAGCGUGUGGGUAUCACCAACCCUGCUGGUGUAUUACUUUGGGGUCCACCUGGUUGUGGUAAAACUCUCUUAGCAAAGGCUGUUGCCAAUGAAAGUAAUACCAAUUUUAUCUCUGUGAAGGGUCCUGAACUUUUAAACAAAUAUGUGGGUGAGAGUGAACGUGGUGUACGUCAAGUAUUUGCCCGUGCUCGUGCAUCCUCGCCUUGUGUUAUUUUCUUUGAUGAAUUAGAUGCCUUAUGUUCUCGUCGUGAUGACCAACAAAGUGACGCCUCUGCUCGUGUUGUGAAUACCUUGUUGACUGAAUUGGAUGGUGUAGAGAAUCGUAGUCAAGUCUAUGUUAUUGCUGCUACCAAUCGUCCUGAUAUGAUUGAUCCUGCUAUGCUCCGUCCUGGUCGUCUGGAUAAGCUUUUAUAUGUCGAACUUCCUACUCCUGGAGAAAGAUUUGAUAUCUUGACAAAGUUGAGUAGCAAGACACCACUUGGCUCUGAUGUCGAUUUGCAGGAAGUCGCUAACGAUGCUCGUUGUGAAGGUUUCUCUGGUGCGGAUCUUGCCUCUCUUGUAAGAGAAAGUGCCGUUGCCUCUUUAAGAGCAAAGUUCUAUUCUACAGGUGUUAUGGACUUGAACGCGAGAUCUUCUGCCGAGGAUAUCUUUGUUACGAAGAAAGAUUUUGAUAUGGCAUUUACAAAGGUGUCACCCUCUGUUUUGCCACAAGAUAAGCUCAGUUUCGAUAAACUUAGAAAGAAGUACGGAUAAAUUUUAUUACUUUUCUUUCGCCUCUUAGACAUAUUCCAUCCCCCCUCCCCUUUCUUCUUUAUCUUUUCUCGUCAUAUCUGCCUUAUUUUGCAUUAAAUCAAUAAAUCAAAUCAAUUAAGCUCUACCUUUACGAAUUCAUGA